AUGUUUAGUGAUAAUUUAAUUACACGUGAUAUUUCUAAAGAGACCAAUAAUACUGAGCUUGUGUGUAAAGUAGAUACUAAUAUAAAUAUAAAUAAAUCAUUAAGUUUAAAUGAUAAUGAAGAUUAUUUAAGUGAUUAUACGAUACAAGGAGAUUUGAUAAUAAAAAAAAAAUAUAAUAAAAGAAUAUCUGAAAUAAAGUGUGAAGAAUACAAAACAAUGAUACAAAGUUUGAACAUAACCUCGAAACAAUGUAUAAAUUGUCCAAUGUUUCUAAUUUCUCACGGACAAAUUGUUGAGGCAAAUGAGUUUCCACAUAUGGCAGCAAUCGGAUGGAUUCAUAGACUAAGUAAUGACUCAAUAAAAUAUCUUUGUGCUGGUUCAUUAAUAUCAGAUCAAUGGGUUCUUACUUCUGCGCACUGCACUCAUAAUCGAAUAGGGAAACCUGCAGUAGUUAAAUUGGGAAGUAUUCAUUUAAUGGAAAAUUCAGGUGUGAUAAUAAAAAUAAUUUAUAUUAUAAAACAUUCAAAAUUUAAAUCACCACAACUUUAUCAUGACAUUGCCCUAUUAAAACUUGAGCGACAGGUAACAUUUAAAAGUAAUAUUCAACCAGCUUGUUUAUAUAAUAAGUUUGAAACAACGCCUGCUGUUGUUUGGGCCACUGGAUGGGGUUCUGACCAAAAUGAUGAUUACAAUCCAAGAAACGAACUGAUGAAAGCAAAACUACAUGUUAUUGAUAAUCUAAACUGCUCAUUUGCAUACAAUUUUACUGCAGUAACGCCGAAUGGUAUAACACCAAAUAUGUUGUGUGCAGGAGAUUUAUUUAAUGAUUGGAAGAGUGAUACAUGUACAGGUGAUUCUGGUAGUCCGAUACAAUUUUAUCACGAUAGAGGAAGUUGUCUAUUUGACAUUGUCGGUAUUACUAGUUUUGGUAAAUUAUGUGCUGUUAAAAAUAUACCAGGAGUUUACACUAGAGUCUCACAUUACAUUGGUUGGAUUGAACAGAUUGUUUGGUGAAAUUUGGGGUAAAAAUGAUUAUAUAUUGUUAUGUAAUGUUUACACAGUUUAAAAAAAUUUACUUGACUGUCCGUAUUGAAAGCAAGAUUUCUUGAAUAAAAUUUUAUGGAAAAAUAAAUUU